AUGCCCAAUCAAGAACACAGUGAACUCUUUAAUUUCCUAACAGUUAUUAUUCUCGCAGCGGUGCAGAAUGAGCGGCAGCCUCGAAAUACAGCUACCAUCAGGCCGGAGGCUCUGAGGGAUAUGGACCAAGAGAGAGCGUUGAGGGAGGCCGCUGUUGCUGUAGGAGUUUUCGGUCCCCCAGUAUCCCUGGCCAUGGCGCUAUCCCCGGCGCGCUACCCGCUGCUGUCGCCGCACUACGCGCCGCUGCCGCCGCCGCCGCCGGACUCGUCGCACGAGCCCGCUGCCGACUCCAACCGCCAUAGUGACAGCGACGAUGACAGCAUCGACGUGACAAAUGAAGAAGACUCCACGUCGUACUCCCCGCCUUCUGUCGCGAGCUACCCUCAAAGCUGCGUACCUUACAGACCUUUGGGUGUCGAAAGUGCAGCAGAAACGGCAGCCAGACUGCUGUUCAUGGCAGUAAAAUGGGCUAAAAACCUGCCGUCCUUCGCCAGUCUUGCGUUUAGAGAUCAGGUCAUCCUCCUAGAAGAAGCGUGGUCGGAGUUGUUCCUUCUCAACGCCAUCCAGUGGUGUCUGCCGCUAGACGCCGCCUGCGCAGCGCUCUUUGGCAGCGACCAGACUGACCAAGAGAACGGCAUCAACUCGGCGGCGCUCCGACGUCUUCGAGAAGUCUUAGCGCGGUACAGAGCUGUUCUGGUGGACCCCGCCGAGUUCGCCUGCAUGAAGGCCAUAGUUUUGUUUAAAUCUGAAACACGAGGCCUAAAAGACCCCCUCCAGAUCGAGAACCUCCAGGAUCAAGCUCAAGUGAUGCUGAUGACCCACGCGAGGACCGCCCAUGGUACUGCCCCCGCCAGGUUUGGAAGACUUCUGUUACUUCUGCCACUUCUACGUCUAGUCAGCCCACAGCAGUUGGAGAAGGAGUUCUUCUCGAAGACUAUUGGACAGACGCCGAUGGAGAAGGUAUUGGCUGAUAUGUAUAAAAAUUAGAUGGUUUACUUAUGUGGUGGUAUUGCUGUUCCUUCUUUUGCCUGUGAAGAAGUCUAAAAAUAUGAUAAACGAGGAGGUAUUGCUUUUCUUUCUUCUGUCAGUUCUAUGAAGAAGAAAUUGGUCUUCAAGAAUAAGACAGAAGCGAUUGGAGAUUAUCCUGGCUGAUAAUGUAAAGAAAAAAUGCUUCUUUCUUUCUCUUUCUCCCUUGGUUUAACGGCAACCUAUGUGGUGGUGUUACUCCAUUCUGCCAGUCCUACGAAGUAGUAGAACUUCUGUUCUUCUCCGAGAACAGAAUAGACUAUAGGACCGACCGACCGGGUGGUCGACAAUGAACCAGUAGUACAGAGUGAACCACGUUAAAUAUCUUGCUUCCUUCUUUUUCCCUUCUUGAUUGAACGACGGAAGAGUUUUUACUUCAUUUGUUAUUAAUUGAUAAGACCACAGAUAAGACGAAGUUAAAAUUUAGACUAGUCGGUUAUUUAACUAUGUACCUAGCUACCUACUCAAUUAAUGUAAAUA